CAACAUCUGAACAAUCACUUCACAACAAAUUCCCACCUCCAAGCCUCGACUCAAACCCUCAAAAUAAGCACUGAACUUAAGCACACAGAUGUGCAUUCAACGAUAACAAUAAAUCCCUCCACAGUGCUUCUGCACGCUUGCAAAUUCGCGCUCUGAGUUGCCUCGGCUCGAAUCCGGCAUAAUGUCUGGAAUCGAAAAUCUCCAGAGGGCACUCGAGAGUAUUAUACUGAAUCCCAAAUAUGCCGAUUACCUAGCGAUUCUGAAAGCAGCGCGCAAUGGCGCCGUCUACGGUGCCAAAGUCCGGUUUCCACAUGCGCUGGUUAUGAUAUUUUUGUUUAGGUCGGGGACGGUGAGGGAGAAGUUGGCUCUUAUCUUCCGGGCUACGAAGACGCAUGCGCAGAACUUGGCUAAGUAUGCGAUGGUGUAUAAGAUUACAAUGCUGGUUUUGAAGCAUAUGGGCUCUACGCCGGGGAAAGAAGGGAAGUUGGAUACCUUCUUUGCGGGGUUGUUGGGUGGGUACUUGGUGUUUGGACGGAGAUCGAAAAGAGGACAUGUUUCUUCUGUUAGUAAACAGAUUGUUAUUUUUGUGUUCGCACGUGUGUGUCUAGCUGUGGCCCAACUCUCGAUAGAACCGGCGAUGGGAAUCAUAAAGGACCCAGAGAUGACGAAACGAAUAGCGCACGACGCAUGGCCAGUGUUUGCAGCAUUAAGUUGGGGAUCGGUGAUGUGGCUUUUCAGAUGGUACCCUGAUACAGUGCAAUCGGGACUCAGGAGUAGUAUGGACUACAUUUAUGUUCAAAGCGAUCAUUGGGAUAGCUUAAGGAACUUUUUGAUCUACAACAAGUAGAGAAGGGUGUCGAGAGAUGGAUUGACGAUGAGAUGCUCUUCAAAGAGUCGACGCAGCGGUCCCAGAUGAGUUCUGGAACGACGCUGGCGUCAAGAAUACGCGACAAGUACGAGAGAGACUAGACGAGAGGUUUUGGUGCAUUGCAUAUUACGGCGUCGGUAUUUGCCAGGCCUUGUAGACUAGACGAACUACUUAC